AUUUCGUAAAUAAUUAACAGAAAAAGCUAUUCAUUUUAACAUGGAAAGUAAUAAAUUAGAUGCCACUACUAUAUGUAGAACUUGCAUGUGCGAAGGUGUCAGUAUGAGAUCGGUGUUUCACAAAUUGCAAGACGGGAAAUGUGCGACUGAUUUACUUGAAAUCAUUGCAAAUAUUACCAUUAACAGUGAUGAUAACCUUCCUAAACAAGUUUGUGAUAAAUGCGAAAGGUUUUUGUGUAAAGCUGCUUAUUUUAAAAGUCGGUGUUUGGACAUUGAGGCAAAGUUAAGGAAACUCUUUAAUGAUGAAUCUCCAUCAAGUUUAUCUUUGAUAAAACAUGAACAUAAGGCGCCAGUAAGCACUGACGAGCCGUAUCAGUGUUCUAUUUGUUUCAGCAAAUAUUCUGAAAUAGCUUUAUUAGAAAAACAUGUGUUUAACUUUCAUCAAAUAAAAAAGGUAUCACUAUUCAAUGAAUUUUCCCUAUUUGCAAAUGCCAAAGCUAAUAUAACAACUCUAGAAACAGUAUCAGAAAAAGAAGAAAAUGGAAGUUUAAUUAAAGAGGAAAUAAAUAAUGAUUUUGUUGAAGACAGUUUUGAUAAUGAAUAUUCAGAGCAUGAUGCUGAAUCUAUACUAAUCGAGUUUGAACCUAAGAUAGAUAAAGAUACAUUUGAAACGCCUGUAAUGCCUAUAGACAUAAACAACAAAAUAGACAAUUCAUUAGAAAAAGAGAAAUUGGAAUGUGAAAAAUGCAACCAGAAAUUCAAAUCGGCAAAUUCUCUGAACUUACAUAAACGAAAACAUAAAGAAAAGAAAGAUAUUGAGAAGAAGUACCAAUGUUCUUUAUGCAUGCGUAAAUUUUUAAGUAAAUCUGGUUUGACGAAUCAUUUAAGUAUUCACGGAAGGAAGGAUGACGUUAAAUACACGUGUGGUAGUUGUAAAAGAGAAUUCAAACAUAAAGCGCAUUUAGACAACCACAUGGUGACUUUACAUGCGAAUGAAAAAGGUUUCAGUUGUGAUUUUUGCCUGAAAAACUUUGCGACGCAAGAAAGUUUGGAGAUUCAUAAGGAUUUGCAUAAAAUUGAUAAGAAGCAUUCAUGCCAGUAUUGCAAUAAAUCGUUUUAUAUGCUGUCGACAUUGACUGAUCACAUCAGGACACAUACUGGUGAAAAACCAUACCUGUGCUCCACCUGCGGCCGUGGCUUCAGCCAGAAAACGAACCUAGCCCAACACAUGCGCCGCCAUCUUGGAUUGAAACCAUUCGCGUGCGACCACUGUACUCAGAGAUUCGUCUCAAAAGGCGAGCUAGUAGCUCACACACGGAAGCACAGCGGCGCACACCCAUUCAUAUGUGACGAGUGUGGUAACGGGUUCACGACAUCCUCGUCCCUGGUCAAACACAGACGGACGCACAGCGGAGAGAGGCCUUUUGCCUGCGACCUGUGCCAUAUGAGAUUUGCAGCAUCAGGAACCCUAAAGAACCACCGUCGUACACACACAGGAGAGAAACCUUAUCAGUGCUCACACUGCGAGAAGGCGUUCGUGCAGAAAAACGAUCUCAUCUCACAUGUCAGAUGCCACACCGGCGAGCGUCCGUUCGUGUGCAACGUGUGCGGUAGUGCGUUCCGCAAGCCCGCCGCAUUACGAAGUCACGCCAAAAUGCACACUAGAGACAAAGAACUUAUGCCUUACUGAAACUACCUAAAAAUAUACUUCAUGAACGAUAGUAAAGUAAAUCAUUACAGUUUAAAUCAAGGAAAUAUAGAUGCCACACAGGCGAAUGGCCGUCGUGUGCGGUAGUGCGUUCCGCAAGCCCGUAGUAUUACGAAGUCACGCCAAAAUGCACACUAGAGACAAAGA